AUGCCACCACGGAAUAAGGACAGCUACUGCUACACUCCGCUUUCAGACGGACCGUACAUUCGAAUCUUGACUCUCUACCCAGGCCACCAGGCAGACCCUUUGUCAGGCGAGCUGCAAGUCAUCCAUAUCGAGGAGACUGGAGAGUACGAGCCAUUGUCCUACGUUUGGGGGGACUCAGGUCGCUGCUCCGAGUUCAUCUGUUUUGACAAGAGCAUCGAAUUGACAACAAGUCUGCAAGGAGCGCUGCAGCGAAUCAGAAAGCAGGAUCAACCGCGCCGGCUGUGGGUCGACCAGUUGUGCAUCAACCAGAAUGACCAGGAGGAGAGAAGCAGACAGGUGCAGUUUAUGAAUACCAUCUACAAAAAUGCGACGCAUGUUCUUGUGUGGCUAGGGGAUGAUCCGCUCGAUGAGUCGAGGAAUGCGUUUGAGCUGAUUCGUAGUCUGGAUCAGACAUUCAAAAACAAGGAAGAGAAGGAGAAGUUCCGCGUCCGGUACACUGAGCAAUUACAUAAGCAGUCUGUUGAGGAUUGGGCUCCUUUGGAGCAUUUGACCAACAAAGCCUGGUUCACUCGCGGUUGGAUAGUCCAGGAAAUCGGCACCCGAGCCCCUGCAACCUUGUACUGGGGUAAAUCAGAGUGUGACUGGGCCCUCAUCAACGGCGUGGUACAAGAGCUGGCUGACUUUCACCACCUACGUGGCCGCUUUGGCUUGAAAACGUCGUUGAUUAAGUAUAUGUUCCAACGUUUCAUCGAGCCGCCAAGGCUGAGUCGACAUGCCAACCGGUUCAGCCUGAUGUAUGAGCUUCAAAGAGCACGCCACUGCAAGCUGACCGACCCUCGUGAUCGUGUGUUCAUCUUCCUAGGUCACUACUCCCUGCGCAUGGGCAACACACUACUUGCGGAGAUGCGGGCAGACCACAGCAAAACCGUGGAAGAAGUGUACGUCGACGUUGCGACAAGAGCGUUGCUCGGAGAUCCGGAAAGGAGCCUCAUUACCCUGGCCUCGGUUCAGCAUCCAAAAUUGCCGGCGAGUCCUGGAGCGACGAUUGAGAAUGAUUUGCCGUCCUGGGUGCCGGAUUGGCGGAGAUCAGAGGGUCACCUCAUGUCCGAACCUGUAAGUCCACAUUGUGCACAUGGCAACAGGACUUCUCAGGUAACCAUCGAGGGCGGUCUCCUCUCCGUGCGUGGAACCAGAGUGGAUGUGAUAGAGAUAUGUUCCAAGACAUUGAAGUGGAAAGAAUUCCACUGCGAUCCUACGCGAAAGGACCUAGCGAUCGAGUCCUUGUGGACAGAUGUAUGCGGCGAGACCAGCUUUGAUCUUAAAACUCGGUAUAUGGACGAUCCAAACAGCGAUUCUGCGGUGUUUGCAUACUUGCAGACGCUGAGCGUCGGUGGGAUAGCCACCGCAUUGAGAGAUGGUCGACGAUACCAGGACAUUGACCGGAAGGAUUUGUUUGCGCGGGGGCUUGCGUACUUGACAAAAGCUCUAGGAACGUCGAACCUCGUUUCUCCCGAGCUUCACCAGAUGGCGGAAGGCGGUGAUUAUCAUAACUGGACCCGUGAUGCAGAUUGUGCAGCGAGUAAUCGUGCUUUUGCCCGUACGCAACAGGGUCGCUAUGUGCUGGGUCCAAGGGUGAUGCAACUUGGAGACAUAUUAUGUGUCCUGUAUGGUGGAAAGAUGCCGUUUGUGCUGCGGGCCUGGUCCAAUGGCGACUUUCUGCUUGUCGGAGAGUGCUACACCCACGGCUUGAUGGAAGGCCAGGCUGUUGACAUGAUGGAGGCCGGCGAGCUUGUUGAAGAGACGUUCCAUGUACGCUAG